GAGAUAAAGAGAGUCGCAAGGCAAGAAAUGAAGGAAAGAUGGAGAGGAGGAGCACAGGAAGGAGUAGGAGAGAGGAGGUGGUUAUAUCAAGAAUAAGAUGUGGACAUACUGGUUUGAACACUACACUGUUGAUGGUAGGGAAACAUAAUACAGGGAAAUGUGAGUACUGUGGAGCAGAGGAAACCAUGGAUCAUGUUACACAGAAGUAUCAGGUGGAGAGAAGCCCACUGACCCACUGACCCAGAACCUCAGUGACAUGAAGAUGAAUCUGGAUCUUACGGAUUUACUGCCAAAGGACUCGAGAAGUCAAGGUUAGCGGGCCUUGUUCCAGUUUGUAAAAGAGGGUAAAAUGUUUGGGAGGACUGAGGGUGUUUUUAGAGGUCGUUCCGGUCCAGACCGGUUGGUGGCGGUAAUGCGCCAUUUUGUUGUUUGCUAACGGCCAACAACAUUUAGAAGAAGAAGAAGAAGUAUCUGCUGCUCGCUCCCAGAGCUGCUUCACUCGCUCCAACAAGCACCAAACCUGCACACGGUGACCGCGAGCUUUGCAACCGAGCCGAGCGCAACAUGAACGAGUCGGCGGGACUGCGCUUCCGGCGGCUGCACCGCCCGCAGGUGAUCACCGACGAGCUGCCGGAGCAGCGGCACAAAGGGUCCAGCACCUACAGCGGGAAGAUCUUCCGGGUCACGCUGCUUUCUCUGGGCGUCCUCUUGCUUCUUCCUCUCCUGGUCAUCAUCCUCAUCCUCGAGUCUCCCAUCAAGCCCGAAGUCUUCACGCUGAAGGAGCCGCCGAUGAUGAAGGGCUGCUGGGAGCCCAACCUGAAGCUCAGAGAAGCUCAGAGACUGUUUGAGGACCAGCUCGUCGGCCCCGAGUCCAUCGCCAACAUCGGAGAUGUUCUGUUCUCGGGAACAGCUGACGGGAAAAUCGUGAAGCUGGUCGGUCGGAGGAUCCACACGGUGACGAGAUUCGGGAAGCUGCCAUGCGCAGGCUCCAGAGAGGACGAGCCCACCUGCGGGAGGCCGCUGGGGAUCAGAGUCGGACCCAACGGGACGCUGUUUGUAGCCGACGCCUACCUGGGUCUGUUCGAGGUCAACCCCACCACAGGUGAGGCGACCAGGUUAGUGAACGGCGGCCAGAUCGUCGCAGGGAGGAAGCUGUCAUUUAUUAACGACGUGGCGGUGACGCAGGAUGGAAAGAAGGUGUACUUUACCGACUCCAGCAGCAGGUGGCAGCGCAGAGACUACAUGCACCUCAUCAUGGAGGCCACGCCCGACGGCCGCGUCCUCGAGUACAACACGGAGACCAAGGAGCUGACGGUGGUGAUGGAGGACCUGCGAUUCCCAAAUGGCAUCCAACUGCUGCCGGACGAGGAGUCGGUGCUGGUGGCGGAGACCACCAUGGCCCGGAUCCGCAGGGUCCACGUGGCCGGGCUGAAUAAAGGCGGGAUGGACACGUUCAUGGACAACUUGCCGGGUUUCCCUGACAACAUCCGCCCGAGCUCCACCGGAGGUUACUGGGUGGCCAUGUCGGCGGUGAGACCGAACCCCGGCUUCUCAAUGCUGGAUUUCCUGUCCCAGAGACCCUGGAUCAAAAAGUUCAUAUUCAAGCUCUUCAGUCAGGAUAUCCUGAUGAAGUUCGUUCCCCGGUACAGUUUGGUCGCAGAGCUCCACGACGGCGGCGUGUGCACGCGGAGCUUCCACGACCCCAACGGCCUGGUUGCGGCCUACAUCAGCGAGGUCCACGAGCAUGAUGGGAAUCUGUACCUGGGCUCCUUCCGCUCGCCGUACAUCGCCAAACUUGACCUCAGCAAGGUGUAGAAGAUUUAAAAAGAUGACAAGCAGACGGACAUUUUUGUGACUUUGAAAUGUUAACACGGUGUUAACCCGCCUCUGUCGGCUCGUUCCACAAAUUAAAGUUCCAGCCUUGGAAAUCUCCCGAGGAUAUGAUGAUGACUUCACCCAGCGCCACCUACAGGCUGUCCCAGGAAUUGGGCAGCUUUACCAUUUUUGGCUAAUCUCUGUUGAUUUUUCCUUUUAAGAUUCAUGCAGCUUUAGAUUUAUCACCGUUUUUGAUCAUUUCUUCACUUUUUGACAGUAUUUUGUUUGACCACUGUGUUUAGACAUUUUAUUCACAACCAAAAUCUCCAGAGAAACGAGGUUUGGGUUUUUGUGUUUCUGCUUUUGAUAUUUCUUCACUGAAAACCACUGCGACUACAGCGUUCACCUGCUAGUUAGCACUUAGCCUGAGCUAACCUAGCUGCCUCUGACUAACUUUGUUUACACAGAAGAAGAGCGGUCACUCACCGUGAUGAUAAACUUCCUGCUAACACUGAUGCCAGAUUACAGGCUGCUUGAGUAACUGCUUCGCCCUCUUGGGACGAUUUAAUGUGUUUUGAUUGGCUAGCGUCUGCACUUUUGCACUUGCAUUUUUAAAAAAAAAUUUUUUUUAAAUUGGACACACGUUGGGAAGUGUUUGUGGGCGUGUCUUUAGUGAUAACCAACCAGUCACAAGAGAGGCUAACACAGGUGUGACUGAGCUAAGCUCCCUACCUGUGACUGUGUUUACGUACUUCAGGCCACAGUGAUUGAUGUCACAUUACAGACUGUUUAUUUCUUUGUAAGGAUUUCUUUGUAAUGUUAUUUGAUUGGCCGACAGCACUGAAAUAUUUAUACGAUAGCAGUUUGAUGGGCUAGCAUCUGAAUGGGUUAGCUUGAGUGCUUUGGGAGGAUUCAGGCGUUGCUUUAGCAAUUGAUUGAUUGAUAGGGGAGAUCUUUCGUGAUAAUACUAAUAUCAGGGAUUACCUGGCAACUGCUGGUCGCUAAGGAAAAAUGUGUUUUCCCAGCAGGUUGCUGGUAGUCACAAGUGUGGAGUUGGUCGCUUUGGUCGCUGCAGUUUCCCGUAGUCCCGUAGUGGAAGAUGCUGACUUGGCUGCAGAUGUUAGCUAGCUAACCAGCGAGCACUAAUGAAAUUAAAAAGCGCAGCACAAACUGGAAACAGACAUGGCUCCUCUUCAAAAUAAAAGCUGUCUCUAUCCACAGAAACUAACAAAAGCUGCACCUUUUACUUUGAAGGCAAACAGCUUCAUUUCCACGGUGCGUCACAGUUGCACCGUUACUUAGCAACAUGUUUGAACGUGUCUGCAGAGGACUCCUCUGUUAGCAACCGAAGCGAUCACAAAGACGUUUUGAGCAGCUUCCUCUUUGACUCCCAAUUUCACGCCGGUGACUGUCGGUGACCUCCUGCUGCCACUCGCCCAGCAGCCCACCUGUGGCACAGAAGCUAUGUCCACACUGGAAGCCACAUGGCGACUGCAAGCCUUUCUUUUGUCAACUUGCAGGCAGAUGACUGAAAUGUUGUCUAAUGAGAGCGCAGGAUACCACUGAUGAACAAGGGUAUGGCCUGUUUGUAGAGUUACCUGGGCAACCAGAACUGGUUGCAAUCAGCUGUCACGAAGGGUGGCGAGCAAAUUGCUUCUGUUAUGGAAGCAGCUUGAUGUCCUCGCUGAUCACCUCCCUCACAUUGAUGUCUGUUGCACGUCGCGAAGCGUGGACUCGCAUUCUUUGUGUCAUCUGAGCUGUUAAGAGGAGCUGUCCUCCUCCUCAUGUCCUCCUCCUCGUGUCUUCCUCCUCCUAUCCUCCUCCUGUCCUUUGUAUGAAUAUAUAUAUAACAUUACAAACUCGUCUAACCCUACGAAUACGUCUUAUUCUGCUCAUGUAGAUGAGCAGGUUUGGUUUUGUAGCCUCGCGUAAACAUCAGCGACUUUAAGUUUCCGUUUGUUUCCUGUUUUGUUGAUGCGCUGACAUCGUUACAUCACAGAUUUCCUCCGUCUGCCAGAGCCGCUGCAGUCAGUACAGCUCAGCAGCUCCAUGCUGCCCCUCAGCAAGCCUCUGGAAGCUGGCCAGUCAGAGGACAGUGGGCUUCGAGGGAGGAGGGGCUUAAAGAGACGGGAGCUGAAGCAGCUUGUUUCAGACAGAGGACGAGCCAAGCACAGACACAGGAUUAUUCUGAACUGGGAGUUAUGCAAAGCUGCUCUCAUAUAUUAGAAGUAAGUAGCUGGAAACAAGCAGAACGGGUCCCUGUAAAGACAUUUCAAUCAUCCACUGAAGACUGACGAGUGCUUUUUUUAGUUUUAUUAUAUUUCAGGCAGUUUAGUGGCUUAGUAUGGAUAAUGCUUCACAUGCACUGGAUGAGCUGCUUAGCAUUAGCAGGUUUUAUAAUAAUCUUUGGGUUGAAACUGUUCAGUAUUUGUUCCGUUAAUCUUCAAAACUGGAAAAUGUGUAAAAAGUGAGGGAAACACUGGAGGAUGUUUGUUUAACUGAAUCAUUUUUUUUAUAAAUGUGACGAAUGAUCCAAACUGGCUGUUGACUUCCUGUUUGACCUUUGACCUCAGGAGACCAAAGCUGUGAGCGUUAGGUCAAACAUUACGUGUGAAGUGUCUUUCGUGCAGGUCAGAGCACGACGCACGAGCUGAACAAACAAAACCUGCGACUGGAGACAGUGAAGGAGCCCGAGGCUGAAACGCACCGGGCUCAUCAGUGUGACAUCAGAGCCACAGGUUUGCUCACAGCCUGAGAACUUCACACUGAUCUUCUGAAUUCAUCCAGUUUGGUGGCGUUUCCGUUUUUUACCUGAACAGUGAUGAUUGAUCAGUGCUUCUGUUGAUUUUCUUGUUUUUGUGCCAAAUGUUUCUCUCUGUGAUGAGCUCUGUAUUUCAGUCACACUGCGUCUUUUUACUUUGUCCUGCAGCCUUUCAAUAAAAGCUGAACUGUUA